CAUACCGACCAAUCGGGUUUGAAGCGUAGUUUUUUAAACGUUGGCGGCGGCGGAAGUUCAAAAUAGUCAGGUGGGAUUAGCUUCGCCGUAACGCUUAUACCGCAUUUUUUCACCACGAUGCAGAAUAAGGAAAAUUAUGUGCCGAAAAGUUACCUACAUACGGGCACAACUCCAAGCAUGCUGGCAGGCCCACAGCGUAUCCAGGUGAAGCCACGAACAGAGCUGGACAGAAAUGCCAUCGCAGGCCCUGGGAGGGAGUGUGUCAGCUCAUCAUCAAAGAAACUGUCCCUCGAUGACUUUGACAUCGGCCGACCGCUGGGGAAGGGCAAAUUUGGAAAUGUCUACCUCGCGAAGGUGAAGAAGGUGGAUGCCAUCGUGGCACUGAAGGUGUUGUUCAAGUCACAGAUGGAGAAGGAGAGCGUGGAGCAUCAACUGAGGAGGGAGAUUGAGAUCCAGUCGCAUCUCAAGCACCCCAACAUCUUGCGUUUCUACAAUUAUUUCCAUGAUCAAAAGAGGGUGUUCUUGGUGCUCGAGUACGCGCCACGUGGUGAAAUGUACAAGGAGCUACAGAGAUGUGGAAGAUUCGAUGACCAGCGGACUGCCACAUACAUGGAGGAGAUAUCUGAUGCACUGCUGUAUUGCCAUGAGAAGAAAGUGAUUCACCGUGACAUCAAGCCAGAGAAUCUGCUUCUUGGCUAUCGUGGAGAGCUGAAAAUUGCUGACUUUGGUUGGUCUGUGCAUGCACCUUCUCUAAGACGUCGUACAAUGUGCGGGACACUGGACUACCUCCCUCCAGAGAUGAUUGAGGGCCACACCCACAGUGAGAAGGUGGACCUGUGGUGCAUCGGGGUCCUCUGCUAUGAAUGCUUGGUCGGCAACCCCCCUUUUGAAACUGCCAGCCACUCAGAAACAUACAAAAGAAUUACAAAGGUGGAUUUGAAGUUCCCCAAAGUCAUUUCCGAUGGUGCACGGGACCUGAUCUCCAAGCUGCUCCGCCACAGCCCAACCGAUCGUCUGUCUCUCAAGAGCGUCAUUGACCACCCUUGGGUGAGCUCCAACUCCCGCCGAGUCCUGCCCCCCGUGCCCCCUGCAAAGAAGUCCUGAGCACCACCUGACCUGCCUGCUAACCUCCCACUGAGGAGUGUUUUCAUCUGUCCUUCACAAAAGACUCUGGGCCAGCAUGUUUCAGUUUCACUGCCAUUGGCUUCAAACUGCUGUUAUUCUGGCACAUUUUAUGAUGGGCGCAAAUGAAUGCGCACUUUUUUCUAUUGUACAGUGUGAUGUCAUUAUCUAUGUCUAGUAUGUUAUCUAGAGGUGUUUUGUGUUUUUUUUACUGUCAUUUCUUUUCUGAAACUGCUCUCUUUUAGAUUUCUGUAUCUGACGGUGUGGACACCAAAGUAUUAUUGUUAGUCUGCCUCAGGCUGAGUAUAUUCUCCAUAGUUUCAGAUGAAGUGUUUGGGUUGGGGUUGAAAGCAUGUUAUUUUUACUCUUGUCUACAGAUUGAUAAAUGACUUCUGUACAUCUAAAGAAUUAUUUGUCAAUUAAAGUUGUUUCCAUCUUUCAAACCUGA